AUGAAAGAUGGGAAUUGGUGGGAUUACCAAGCAACAAAUCAAGAGAGUUGGUAUUGGAAGCAAAUAGUGGCAGCCAAGAAUCAACUCAAAGAAACCAUAGACAUACAACACUUUGCUCAACGGAAAUACAAGAUUUCAGAUGGCUAUGAGUUGAUCCUUCCAACACAGAGAAGAGUCACAUGGAGCAAUGAGGUUUGGGGUCGUUUCAACACACCAAAGCAUAGUUUUAUUGAGUGGCUGGCUGUGCAGAAUCGUCUCAGAACCAAGGAUAGAUUGCAGCGGUUUCAGAUGCUAAUUGACCCGAGUUGCAGCUUGUGCACACAGCUGCUACCCGAGACACAUGAUCAUCUUUUUUUCAGGUGUCCAUUCUCAGCUGGCUGCCUAAAACAUGUCAAAGAAUGGCUGUCGUGGGGCGCUUGUUCCAGCGACUUACAGCAGCUACUCAAGUGGAUACACAAGGCAAAAAUCAGCAAGUUUAGGAAGAAAGUUCUUGCAGCAGCUGCUGCCCACUUAGUUUAUUCCAUUUGGCAUUCCCGAAAUGACCAAAUAUGGAAUAAUCAUCUAGAAGUUCAAGAUGUAAUUGUGCAAAGAGUUAAACAAAAUGUAAAGCAUAGAAUAGAAUUGUUUUGGCCAAAGAAAAUUGGCCCAAAAGAUAGAGAUUGGUUUCAUUCAUUGUAA